UCGUGCAACGGGACCCGACACACAACAUGGGAGCCAACCAGAGCGAGAUCUCACCCGGAAAGGGAGACCCUGGGAAAGGAGACAUUGUCAGCAGAAUCAAGGCCAGACUGGCGUCGGUGGAUAAGAGCAAAGCGCAGGCUUUGGGUGGAGUUUUUCUGUUCAACAUUAUUAAGGGCACCAGUGUUUAUAGUUGGACUCUGGACCUCAACAACGUGUGCGUCUACGAGGGGGAACCCGAAGACGACCCGGAUUCCACCUUCACCCUCACAGAAGCCAACUUUAAGACCCUGGUGCUGGGCAAAGAGGACGCCAGACACGUUGUCCAGUCCGGACGAUGCUCUGUUACUGGCGACGUCAUGAGAGCGAUGCAACUGGAACCUUAUAUUAAGUUAGAAUAGAUUUUUGGAUCGUACAAAAUUCACAAUGAAAAAGAUAAAACUUGAUCAUAUUUUAACGGAAGCGGUAGGGGGUCGAAAGACCUCUUACGAAGUAAGGUUAUACUCUGUCAAACAAGUCUGUCAGUAAAUAAGAACUAAGAAAACUAUAGGUAUCCUUUUCUCUAGCACCCUAAAGAAUAGGAUGCAUAUAUAGUUUACUUUGUUCUUAUUUACUGACAGACUUGUUUGACAGAGUAUAAUUACGAGUUACGUUAAUUGCCGCAACGAAGGUGUAUCGUGAAAAACAGUUAGAGAGCGCGCACACGGGCAACUGUUGCCGGCGACUUUUUUGUCGCGACCAUGGCCUAGUAUGAAAGUGCGCACACGAGGCGACGCAACUUCUCAUACAAAUGCGAAAGUCGCCGAGCAACUGUUGCCCCCGUGGGCGCGCACCCUUAAAGACCGGUGCUGCAACACUGGCAACAUCAUGCGAGAAGUAUUUUAAAAAUCUACCGCGCGCUAAAAAAAAACACUUUUAGGGCUCUUUCAAAAUGUACAGUAAAUCUAAAUGUUGUAGUGUGCAAAAGAUAGGUAUAAAUUGGUCCGUACGGUCCACGAAAUAGAACGCUUUUAUAAAGGUGCAAAACAGUGAAUAAAAACCGUGCUACUGUAUCAUGCCAGCAAUAAAAAUCGACCUUAUAAUGCACUAAAUAGACCACUUUUUGUUAAUCCAAAAAUAAUAAAAAACUAGCUAGCAUGAUUAUAUAAAAGCGAAAGACCGAUCUAAAUGUGUGAUAAAAAAUAACCAGCCCAUCUAAUCGCAAUUUUUUCCUCAGCUGUCAGCCUUAUCCAGUAUAUUUUGAGCUGCACAUUCGUGUUAUUUAUUCGUAAUCAAACUUCAUUUGAUACUGGUUGGUAAUGGUCAUUAGAUCGUGGUCACUAGGCCUGUUAUUAUGAAGAGUGAAAGUGUAAAGUGGUCACUU